ACUGAUUGUAGCAACAGAGAAACAAAAUGCGACGCCUCUUUGUGAGACUUUCGCAGCUUGGUACAGUUUUUGGGAUAUCAUUAACAACAGGGACAAAUGACAGAGGUAAUCUUUUGAAAAAAAAAUAAAGAUUUAAAAUAAAUUAGGUAAGCAGAAUUGCUUGUAUGUUAGACAAUAGUAUGACCACAGAGCUUUGUAGACAAUGAUAACCAGAAAGGCUAAUGGCUUAUCAAGAGACUAGACCACGAUUGCAAUCUCUUCAGACUAUGGCAGAUUUUUAGCGCGGUUUCCAGACUAUGGCAGAUUUGUUCGAGAUACUUCCAGACUAACGCAGAUUUUAGCGAUGUUUUCGGACUAGGGCAGAAUUGUGGCCAUGUUCUCAGAUAAGGGCAGAAUUGUUGCGAUGUUCUCAAAUAAGGGCAGGGUUUCAGAGAUGCGUCCAAUUUAUGACAGUGUUGCGGAGAUAUCUCCAGAUUAGGGCAGAGUUGCAGUGAUAUCUCCAGAUUAGGGAAGGGUUGCAGUGAUAUCUCCAGAUUAGGGCAGGGUUGCAGUGAUGUCUCCAUAUUAGGCAGUGUUGCACUUAUGUUUCAAUAUUAGUAAAGUGCUGCAGUGAUGUAUUUGGCUAUCUGAAGCUGCUCGGUUAUAAAUUCCCAUCUUGGUAUGAGCCUCUAUACCUAGUAAUAGUAUGUCAUGAGAUGUCUCUAUACUCAGAAGUAGUAUGUAACAAAAUAUCUCUAUACCAAGUAGUAGUUUGUCACAAGAUGUCUCUAUAACAAGCAAUAGUUUGUCACACGAUGUCUCUAUACCCAGUAGUAGUCUGUCACAAGAUGCCUCUACCCCCAAUAGUAGUUUGUCACAUAAUGUCUUUAUACCCAGCAGUAGUUUGUCACAAGAUAUGUAUACCCCCUUUUAGCUGGCACAAUAUAUUUCUAUACCCAGCAAUAGUAACAAGGUGUCUCGAUAACCAGCAGUAGUUUGUUACAAGAUGUCUCUAUACCAGUGAUUAUUUCAGAAAUUUUCCCCCCGGGGGUCAUUUCAGAUUUUUAGGUGGUGGGGGGCAGUGCCAGCAGUGCCAGUUGAUUUAUUGUAGGACAUAGUUUUGCUCCGGGUGGGCGGGGGGAACUUGGCUUUCCUCGUGGGGGGGGCAGUGCCCCCACCCCCGGAGAUAUAGCAGAAAGAAACCCUGCUCUAUACCCAGCAGUAGGAUGUCGCAAGAUGUUUUUUAGCCUCUAAUAGAUUUGUAAAUAAAGCAUUUUUUUCAAAUUCAUGAUGGAUACCAAUUUAAUUUUGAGUUACUAUAAGCCUCUCAAAGAAUGAUUGUCCACAAUAAAUGAAAAUUGGCGAUGAUUUAAGUGGAAAGCAUUUUUUUCAAUUUUAACCACCUUCAAAAAAUGGAAACGUCCCUUAUGUCAUAAAUUAAAUUGUUGUAUAGAAAGGAGUGGGUGGGGAAAAUCGGGGUUGGAAAAAGGGGUGAGGGGUCCUUUCAUCCAGAGAGUAGCCCAGACCUUGUGUACCCAACUAACUCCUCUCAUCCAGAGAGUAGUCCAGACCUUAUGUCCCCAAUUAACAUCUUUCAUCCAGAGAGUAGUCCAGACCUUAUGUCCCCAACUAACAUCUUUCAUCCAGAGAGUAGUCCAGACCUUAUGUCCCCAACUAACAUCUUUCAUCCAGAGAGUAGUCCAGACCUCAUGUCCCCAACUAACAUCUUUCAUCCAGAGAGUAGUCCAGACCUUAUGUCCCCAACUAACAUCUUUCAUCCAGAGAGUAGUCCAGACCUUAUGUCCCCAACUAACUCCUUUCACCACGUUAACUGCAGACCCAUACCAUUUUGAUGAUGCAAAUUGUGUUGAUCCUUAUGGCCGUACAAACUAUCUUGCUUCAGGCUGGGGCGAUAGAUAUGACUGGCACUCGCUGGACGAAGCGUUUCACAAAGCCAGGACCGAGGACAAACCGAUGAUGGUCGUCAUUCACAAAAUGACGUGCGCCGCCUGCCAGGCUCAGAAACGGUGGUUCUCGCGAAGCCCGAGGAUAUUUGAACUGAGCAAGAAUUUCGUUAUGGUUAACCUGGAGGUCCACGAGGUGCCGAAGAACCCGGACUUUUCCCCUGAUGGUCAUUAUGUCCCCAGGAUUUUGUUCUUUACGCCGGGUGGACGUCUGAUGUCUCAAGUGAAGUUCCACUACAACAAGGAGUAUCAAUACACCUACCCCGAUGAACAUGAUCUUGCUAGGAGCAUGAUGCUAAUUAUUGACAAGAAAGUUUGACUUGAUAUAUUUAUCAGGAUCAUGUUUGAUAGAUACCAGAGGAUUUAACAGAUUUAAUGUUGUUUAUUUUUAAAGAUUUUUUUUCCCAAUGUGUGCACGCCGUUUGGUCUUUUUUUAAAAUUGAAAGCUUAUAUUAUUAUUUUAAGAAUGUUUCAAUUUAAUGAUAU